AUGAGUGACUAUACGAAGCGCUUCGUGCGCUACUUCUACGACCCUCCCCCGAAGUAUGAUGACAUGUCAGGAGCCUCGAUAUGGUUUCUUGGAAAGGAGUAUCCUGCUAUACCACCAAAGCCAGUGUCAACAACAGAUCACGAAGACAUAGUCGAGAUAGAGUCUUCGGCAGACUCUCGCGACGCUUCAGAAGCCACCGCCUCCACGCAGGACGAGCCACAGAACACACCGGUACUACAACAGUCUUCAAGCGCGUUUCAUGAUGUGCAGCAUGUCUCGAGUGAGAACUUGCCGUCACUGUCAAACGAUCCAGCAGACGGAGGCUGGCCGCAACCCUUCCUCGAUGACUUCGAAUCAAGGGCAUGGAUGACAUAUAGAUCCAACUUCCAACCAAUACCCCGUUCGCAAGAUCCGUCCGCCUCCUCUGGCAUGAGCUUCUCCGUCCGACUACGUAGUCUAGCAGAAAAAGAAGGCUUCAGCAGUGAUACCGGCUGGGGUUGCAUGAUCCGGUCUGGGCAAUCACUGCUCUCGAAUGCUCUGAUUAUGCUACAUCUGGGCCGAGACUGGCGCAGGCGGCGGCAAUCGCUACUGCAGCCUAUAUCGACAGAGAGCAUCGACAGUACAGCACCAACGCAGCCCUCACAAACAGAGUCAUCCAUCCUCUCACUCUUCGCCGACGACCCUUCCGCGCCAUUCUCCAUCCACCGCUUCGUCUCCCACGGCGCCACCGCCUGCGGCACCCAUCCAGGCCAAUGGUUCGGACCUAGCGCCACAGCAUCCUGCAUCGAAGCGUUGACUUCCUCCGCGCUCCCCUCAGCUGGCCUGCGCGUCUACGUGACCCCAUCGUCCAGCGAAGUCUUCGAAGACCGCUUCCUCAGCAUAGCCUGCAGCGAUGUCACCAACCCAGAGCCCUCCACCAUACAACCAACCUUGAUCCUUCUCGGCAUUCGCCUGGGCAUCGACCGCAUCACACCAGUCUACCACGCCGCCCUAAAAUCCUUCUUCACCUACCCACAAUCACUCGGCAUCGCCGGCGGCCGCCCUUCCUCGUCACACUACUUCGUCGGCACGCAAGGCGACCUCUUCCUCUACCUCGACCCGCACGAGACACGGCCUGCGCUGCCUUAUCAUGCAAAGCCUGAAGAGUACACACAAGAAGAGAUAGAUACAUGCCACACGCGCAGGCUACGAGGGCUGCGGAUAUCGGAGAUGGAUCCCAGCAUGCUGAUCGGGUUCCUGAUUCGCGAUGCGGAGGAUUGGGAGGACUGGAAGAGGAGGGUGAACGAAACGCAAGGGAAGGCGAUUGUGCACGUAUAUCGAGAAACACCACCUGGACGAGAGGGCACGAUGACGGAGAGGAAGGAGGCCGUUGAUGAGGUCAGUACUUUUGAUGACGAGGAGGCCGAAGAGGGCGAUGAUGCUGCCACUGUCACUGGGAAGGAUUGA